AUGAAGUCCAAGCGAGCCACCGCCGCCUCCUCAGCCGAGGACUCCAAUCCCGUCGACGUGUCUAUCGACAAGAAGCGCAAGCGCACUGACGACGAUGCCGCAUCAUCGAGCAGCUUGAAGAAGCAUAAAGAGGACGUUAAGGAGAAGAGAGAAAAGAAGGAGAAGAAGGAGAAGAAGAAGGAGGCAAAGGAAGAGCGAGAGGCGAAGAAGCCCAAAAAGGACAAGUCAAAGUACAACAACAAGACUCGAAAAGAGAAGAAGGACGAGCGCAAGAACAUUCAGGAUCUUCCUGAAGACGUGGACACCGAUGAAAGCGGCGAGGGUGGUGCGCAGGUUGCUGAGCCUACUGUGACCCAGCCCGAAGCCAAGACAAAUGGCGAUGCAAAGAAGGAGAAGAAGGAGAAGAAGGAGAAGAAAGAGAAGAAAGAGAAAAAGAAGGCUGAAAAAGAAGCCCAGCCUCAGCCCGAAACCUCGGCUUCCAAAGACGUACCACAAGGCGAAGAUGCCAUCGACCUCGACGCCUCGACAGCAACCAAGCCGGGCCGUAACAUUGUCUUCGUCGGCAACCUGCCUUACACUGCCACCGCCGCAACCAUCACCGCGCAUUUUGCCUCCCUGAAGCCGGUUGCCGUGCGCUGCUUGACCAAGAAGGAAGAUCCUAAGAUGUGCCGAGGCAUUGCCUUUGUCGAGUUUUCAUCGCCCGCGCAUCAGAGGACCUGCCUGGACAAGUUCCACCACUCCAUGUUUGAGGAUGGCGUGUCUGAACCGAGAAGAAUCAAUGUCGAGUUGACUCACACCUACAGCGCCGGAGGUGGUGGAAAGAGCCAAGGCCGUCAGGGCAAGAUCAUGGAGAAGAACAAGAAACUCGAUGAGAACCGAGCGAAGCGCAUCGAGAAGGAAAAGGUUGCCAAGGAAGAGAACCAGGGCAAUGGAGGAAACGCCCGAAUGGACAUCCAUCCUAGCCGUCUUGCCCGUCUCCCUGGUUUCCGAAGUUAA